UUCAUCUUUGCCUUUCCUUGCUUGCUUGUCAAGUUUGCCUUUGCGUACAAAGGCAAAUCUGCCUUUCUUCUUUCCUCCAACAACCAAUACACAACAAACAGCAACAACAGGAUGAUGCUUGCUGCGCUUGUGCUUGUGUGGUGUUUGGCCACAAGUGGUGUGGCGCAUGCUGCUGCUGCUGCCGCUGGCACACAGUAUUUCUCCACGACUGUGGAGCAAGGUGGCGCCUUUCACGUGAGCGUGCUCUCCACGGUUCCCUCAGACAUGCCAUGGGGCCCCAACGAGGCUGUGCGCACCUCAUACACCCCUUCCUACCUCCAAGACGGCUGGGACCGCCUGAACAUUGCCACGAACCCUGCCAUGGACGAUCUUGUUGCCGCCCAAGCUGCAGGUUACACGGAGGGCAAGCUCACGGCCGGCAGCAUCUACAACCACGCUGUGAACACUGGCGUGUACGGGACCAAGCUCAACAAGAACCUCACCGAUUUCAUCAACACCAACCAGGCCUUUAUGCUGGACAAGAUCAAGGCCGCCAAGUCGUUGGACCCGAGCAGCGAUGAGGCCAUCUACUGGCGCCACGUCGACAUUGUCAACGCACAGCUGCUCGGCGUCUGCGAAGGCUACCACUCAACCGCCACAGGUGCGGACCACCCCAUGCCGUGCCUCGACUUUCUCCGCCUCAACCUCGAUGGCGAUAUGGAGGACCUGGAGGGCGUCUACGGCGAGCAACCAAGGACGCGGGAGGAGAUGGCCUUGAGCGCAUCCCACUGCUCCGCCCUCAUUAAGCUCCUCCCAGGCAACACAGACCUCUACAUCGCCCAGGACACGUGGUCGUCGUUCAACAGCAUGACGCGCAUCAUGAAGCGGUACGACUUUCCCUUCACCACGGGCGGUCAGGGCCACUCGCGCGUGCCGGGCAGCGCCGUCGCCUUCUCCUCAUAUCCGGGGGUGCUCUUCAGCGGCGACGAUUUCUACCUCAUCAACUCGGGCCUCGCCGUCAUGGAGACAACCAUCGGCAACAGCAACCCUGCCCUGAACAAGUACAUUGUGCCGCAGACGGUGUUGGAGUGGCUGCGCAACAUUGUCGCCAACCGCCUCGCACACGACGGCCCAUCGUGGGACAAGGUCUACCGCAAGUACAACUCUGGAACCUACAACAACCAGAACUUUGUGCUGAACUACAACUUGUUCACGCCCGGCAAGAAGCUGCAGCCCAACACCCUCUACAUGGUUGAACAGAUCCCAGGCACUGUGGUUGCAACGGAUGUGACGUCCAAGCUGCAGGAGGACCUCUACUUUGGAUCAUACAACACCGCGUACGACCCCGAAAUCCGCAAGCUGUCUGGCGCGGACGAGAACGUGGAGCUGUACGGCAGCUGGUUCACGUACAACAUGACGGCACGCGCGCGCAUCUUCCGCCGCAACCACACGCACGUGGUGGACAUGCCCACGAUGCAGGCCCUCAUGCGCUACAACAACUACAAGCACGACCCGCUCUCCUCGCAGAUGGACACGUGCCACUACCGCGGCAUGAGCAACUGCACGCCACCGUACACAACCGAGAACACCAUCGCCUGCCGUGGCGACCUCAACCCCAAGGACGGCGUGUGGGGCCUGUCUGCCUUUGGUCUGCGCAACCACGUGGCCACAGACUCCAAGAUCUCCUCCUUCUCCACCUUCAACGCCACGUCGCUGCCCAUCCGCGCCGUGAGCGGGCCACCGUCUGACCAGGUGCCCGUGUUCCAGUGGAGCACUUCCCCGUUUAGCGAUACACCGCACCACGGCAUGCCGGACGCGUGGACCUUCCCCUGGGUCACCAUCGGCUGGUCGACGCCGCUGUCCCCCUAAAGUGCCGUUGCUUGCAAGCACUGGGAUCUGCAUGUGGACGAUGGUCACUGAGACCUCACAUCACCAGAUUGUGUACUUGGCCUUUGCUGUUGUUUCCUGCGAUGCGUUUGUUCGUUUGUUUGUUUGUUGUGUUUGUUGUGACGUGGUUAUUCGUGUUGGCGUUUGCUGCUGGCUGUGAAAUGUUCGCUUGCUGCUGACGCAUUUGCUACGUGCUGCGCCCACUGUUGUGCGACCUGUUGAUCACGUGUUUGCCCCCGUGUUCUUUGACGCCCCACAGCGUCAAGUAAAUUCCCAGAGCGCAACAGAGGCAACAACAAGCAAGCACAAGC